AGAGGUUCGGGCGGUCCUGUGGGUGGAGGUGGGCACGGUUCGGGCGGUCCUGUGGGUGGAGGUGGGCACGGUUCGGGCGGUCCUGUGGCAGCCCCCGGGAGGGCAGAACCCGCCUCCCAUAAUCCUCUUCCCGUCCCGCAUGCUCAGAGCUCCAGUCCCAAGCAGCAUGGCCGAGCCCGGCUCCCAGCAGGAUGAGGGUUACUCUCACUUCGUAGCCCUGCAUCAGGGGGCCCUGCUGGCAUCAGGGGUGCCCAAGUUAUACUGGCCGAACCUGUACCGGAAGCUGGAGGGGGAGAUCUUCGAUGCUGGGGAGAUAUUUGGAAUAAUGCAGGUGGAGGAGGCCGAGGAGGAAGAAGAGGAGGAAGAGCGGGAAGAAAUUGAAAGAGAACUGAAGAAGAAACCAAACCCUUGGAAUGAACCAUCAUUUAAAGUAAUUGUCACCAAUGAACAUGGGCUGAGGGCCUCUGACCAGAACAGCAUUUUUCUUAUUGACCACGCGUGGACUUACCGCAUGGAGCACGCUCGCCACCAGCUUAUAGAGGUCCCCGGCCUCCUCCAUCGUAUGGCCAAUCUCAUGGGCAUAGAGUUUCACGGAGAAGCUCCAGACGAGGACGUGGUGGAGAUGGUUCUGAAGGAAAUGUGGAAGUAUAACCAGACGUACCAGCUCUCGCAUGGGACCGCAGAGGAGAAGGUUCCGGUCUGGUACAUAAUGGACGAGUUUGGGUCCAGAAUUCAGCACUCGGACGAGCCGACGUUUGGUACCGCUCCUUUUUUCUACAUCCCCCAGGAACUAGCAUACACCAUACUGUGGCCCCUGAGGGACGUAAGCAAUGGAGAGGAAGUUUCCCGCGAUUACGCUUACGGAGAGAGCGACCCAUUGAUACGGAGCUGCCUGCUCCUCCCUUGGCAUCCCCUGGAUCUUACCCACAUCAACCACCAUACACCGGAGCCCUCUGAUGCCCACUAUCAGGCUAUUUUUGCUGAAAAUAAAGAGUCCCUGCCUCUUCCGGUGGAGCCUGUAUUACACGACAAGGGUAAAGUCUUUAAAGUUUACACUGAUAUGCAACAAGUCAUGGAAGGAGUCGACCAUCCCCGAUUCGUGUUCACGAACAACAAGGACGAAGCCGACAUUCUUUUCAGCUUCUCCCACAUCAAAGAUUACAAGACCCUCAGCACGGAGAGGCCUCACUUGCUCCUCAAUCAGUUCCCAUGCGAGAAUCUCCUGACUGUAAAGGACUGCCUGGCCUCUAUUUCUAGAAGGAUCGGCGAAGCGGAAGGUCCAAAAUGGCUGCCGCGUACUUUUAACCUGAAGACGGAACUCCCGCAGUUUAUCAGCUACUUCAAACAGCGCGAGGAAAGAGGCGAAGACAAUCACUGGAUCUGCAAGCCGUGGAACCUCGCCCGCAGCCUGGACACGCAUGUCACCACCAACCUGCCUUAUAUCAUACGUCAGCGCGAGAGCACGCCAAAGGUUGUGUCUAAGUACAUAGAGAACCCAGUGCUCUUUCAUCGGGAUGAUGUUGGGAUGGUGAAAUUUGAUAUCCGGUAUAUUGUGCUUCUCCGCUCUGUGCGACCCCUCAAGCUCUUUACCUACAAUGUCUUCUGGCUUAGAUUUGCUAACAGGCCGUUCUCACUCGAUGACUUGGAUGACUAUGAAAAGCACUUCACCGUCAUGAACUACGCCUCCAACGUGCAGCUGAAGCAGAUUCACUGCGAUGAGUUUAUCCCCAUGUUUGAGAAACAGUAUCCUGAAUACCCCUGGAAGUCUAUUGAGGCUGAAUUAUUUAAAACCUUUGGGGAACUGUUUCAAGCGGCAACAUCCAAGGCGGCUCCGCUGGGCAUCUGCGACUACCAGUCUUCACGCGCCAUCUAUGCCAUAGACCUCAUGCUGAAGUGGGACACCGACAGCGAAGGAAAACGAGUGAUGCAGCCGCAAAUCCUCGAAGUCAACUUUAACCCCGACUGCGCCAGGGCCUGCAAGUACCACCCGACUUUUUUCAACGACGUCUUCAGCACGCUGUUCUUAGACGAACCAGACAAUUGCCACAUGACCGCCAUCCUUUAAUGGCGCACCAGCCGCUACCCGCGCUUAUCGGGAGAAGGAAAAAAAAGCAUCCUGGACUUUAUACGACUCCAUAGCUGUGAUAUCUGUGGGUCAUGACAUAGCUUUACUGUAUAUAUUCCUACACAGCUCUUAAGAUGUUACUGCUAUUUAAAAGGCAUUUAUUGGUAGGCUUUAUUUCUGGAAACAGCGCCACUCUUGACCGUGGGCUGUGUCUGGUAUUGCACUUUAGCCUCAUUCAAUUGAACAUUGCAAUACCGGAUGUCGCCUCUGCAGAAGGGUGGCGCUGUUUUUCUGGAAGAAAUCAGCACUUAUUUGUAAUCUUAUACAGCACUGCUGAGGUUAAAGGGGAGCGAAGCGUGCUGCUGCGCACCUCUCCUGACUAUAUCUAGAGAUAGGUGGGGGCCUUAAAGGGGUACCCCGGAGGAAAACUUUUUUUUUUUUAAAUCAACUGGUGCCAGAAAGUUAAACAGAUUUGUA